AUGCGGUUUCUGCAAGCCGGCUGCAAGGCAGCCCUAGUCGCCGCCAUUGGAAGCUUGGCAUCAGCCUCCAGCUUCAAGAAUGAAUACUACGACUAUAUCGUUGUUGGCGGUGGUCCGGCUGGUAUCAUCACUGCUGAGCGCUUCGUCGAGGCUGGCAAGAAGGUCCUACUGCUUGAGCGAGGCGUUGGCCCUACCGUCGCUACCGGCGCCAACGAAACUCUUCCCUGGAACAAGGACCUGACUGCCAUCGACCUGCCCGGUCUCUCUGCCGAUGUCGGUAGCCUCGAUGUCUGGAACGAUUAUAUGUGCACUGACACCGAGGGCAUGGCUGCCUGCGUCCUUGGCGGCGGUGUCACCGUCAACUACAUGGUCUUCGUCUACCCUCCCGCGCACGACUUCGACGACAACAACAACUGGCCCGAAGGAUGGAAGUGGAAGGAUCUCAAGCCCGCCGCCGAGCGUCUGUACCAGCGCAACCCCGGCACCACCCUGCCCUCCGCCGACGGUAAGCACUACGACCAGGGUCUCUACUCCGUGCUCUCCAAGUUCUUCAACAGCGUCGGUUGGAAGUCUGUGGAUAUGAUCUCGCAGCCCGACGAGAAGCACCAGGUCUACAGCUACCCGUCCUGGAACAUCAAGGACCAGAAGCGCGCCGGUCCCGUCCGCACCUACCUCCCCCUGGCUGAGAAGCACUCCAACUUCGACCUCUCCCUCUCCUCCAAGGUCCUCCGCGUCGUCCGCUCCGGCAGCAAGGUCACCGGCGUUGAGAUCGAGACUGCCUCAAAAAAGACCAAGAUCAUCUCCCUUGCCCACAACGGCCGCGUCGUCCUCGCCGCCGGCGCCCUCUCCACCCCCCGUCUCCUCUUCAACUCGGGCAUUGGCCCCAAGAAGCAGAUCGAGACAGCCAAGAAGAGCGGCAUCAACGUCCCCGCCGAGAAGGAAUGGCUCGACCUGCCCGUCGGCCUCGGCUUCCGUGACCACCCUAUCUUCACCCUGAACGUCCAGACCAACGGCUCCUUCGGCAUCCCCGACUACGACGCCAUCUUGAACGGCACCGACCGCAAGGACAUCAGCCUCUACGGAAAGGACAGCGGUCUCCUGACUCAAGGCAAGCACCGCAUGAUCUUCUUCUCCUCUAACGAAGUCAACGGUCAAACCCGCUACUACCAGGGCUCCUGCGCUCCGGACGCCGACUCCGUCCUCGAGAUCAAGGCGUACCUGACACACGGCGCUACCUCUUCCGGUGUCCUGGUCCUGACCUCUGAGCAGAAGACCGUCAUCGAGAAGUCUCCUUACAUGCAGACAGCUGGUGACCGCAAGGCUGCCGCUGCCUUCAUCCAGAGCCUGAUCAAGGAUAUCUCAGACCCCGGCUCCGGUCUGGAGCUGACUACCAAGCCUAACAUCACCGCUAUUCUGUCAACCAUCUCUUCCGGCAACCACUACACCACUACCGCUAAGAUGGGUACCGAUGAUGGUCGCAAGGGCGGUAGCUCUGUUGUUGACACCAACACCAAGGUCUACGGAAUGGACAACCUGUUCGUCGUCGACGGCAGUAUCCACCCCGACCUCCCAACCGGCAACAUCCAGACCACCAUCAUGGUUAUUGCCGAGGCUGCCGCUGAGCGGAUUCUUGCCCAGCACUAG